GCAUUACUUCCUUAUGAAGCUCAGUCAAGGCGUGGACCUUGUCAAUGAGUGUUUUCGACAAACGAGGACAAAUGAAGACGUGUUUACAGCUUCAGAAACGUUUCCUGACAUUUUGUGGAGUUUGGGAACUUUACUGGAUAACAACAACAGCAACAAAACUGACUGAUAUGACAGUUUAUAUGGCAUGUUAUUGAACCUGGAACGUGAAAGACAGUAAGAUGGUGUUCUUCCAGACAGGGUGAGGUGUUGUCUCGCGCGCUGUCAUAGGUGCCCUUCAGAUCCUGGUGAUGAUCAAGAGGGUUUGAGGAACAGUGACUGUUAUUUUCCUUAAGCUGCACGAAGGACAGCAGACACAGAGAUGCUAUUCGGGGCCUGGGCGUUCUUAGCAUGUGUCUGGCUCCAGAUCCAUGUGACCUCGAAUGCUGAAACCUGUCCUGAAGACCAUCGAAAGGCUGUUGAUUUUACUGUUCCAUAUCCCUCACGUCAUUUUCAAACUUUGAAACCCAUCCAGAACAUAGUGGUGUACCAAGAUUUUUCUGAGGUAUAUAUAGCCUCACAAAAUGUGAUCGAGGCCCUGAACAGCAAUCUUGAGAAAAUAUGGGAGUUACAUACUGGUCCGGUAUAUAGUCCAGAUUGUCAGACCUGCCACUGUGGUAUUGAGGCUGAUCCAAAUGCAUCAGCGGACACAGACAAUCAGGUUCUACUUUUGGACCCUAAACCUUUUUUGCCCUUCCUGUACAUAUGUGGGAGCAAUCAGUAUGGGAUUUGUACUUUUGCUGAACUUGAAAAACAUGUAAAACCAUCUAAAGUCAAAUGUCUUUUCAAUAAAGACAGUAGCUCACACACAUUUUGUCCUGAUUGCAUUGCAAGUCCUCUCGGAACAAAAGUCAGCAUUGUAGAAGAAGGCCAGACAUCUUACUUCUAUGUGGCUGCCACCAUCAAUAGCACGAUUGCAAGAGAUUAUGGCAGACGUUCGAUCUCAAUUCGACGUCUACUUGCCACAGAAGAUGGAUUUGAUGUUGCUGUCAAGGGUCUGACAGUACUUCCUAUGUUCCAGGAUCCGUAUCCUAUUGAAUAUAUUUAUACCUUCACCACUAAGUUUUAUACUUACUUUUUGUCUGUCCAGAGAGAGAACCCCUUAGACAAAACCUCUGAUCUCCAGACUCAUCUGGGGCGGCUGCCAAAUAGGGAUAGCGAAGCCUGGAUGUAUCGAGAGGUCAUCUUAGAGUGCCACUUCAGGCCCAAACGGAAAAGGAGAAGCUCUGAGAACAUUUUGUACAAUGUAGCCCAAGCAGCCCAUUUCAGCAAAGCAGAGAAGGCUCUGGCAAAUGAACUAGGCAUGAAGGAUGAGAAAGAUAAUAGCGUCUUGUACAUAGUAUUUACUCUUACUGACCAACAGGAAACUUCUACAAGGUCUGCCCUUUGUGCAUUUCCCAUAGUGAAUAUAAACCUAUUCAUUGAACAAGGUUUGGAUGCGUGCUGCAGCAAUAGAUCUGGACGACUCUCCCGGGGCUUGUCUCACUUCCAACCGAGCACGAGCUGUCCUCAUGAGGGAGUGAACAGACAGGAAUGUGAAGCUGUGCCCACCAUGGUGGCUACACCUCACUCUAGAUCAGAUUUCUUCAAUGGGCAGAUGACAGAUGUACUCACCUCCAUUUUGGUUACCACGAUUGGUGGUGACACUAUAGCACACAUUGGCACUAAAGAUGGAAGACUGCUACAGGUCAUUCUGACAUACUCAAGACCUCUUGUGUUUGCCAAUUACUCUCUUGUGGAAAAGAAAGAGAGAGUAUCCCCCAUUGCCGCAGUGCACUCUGAGGAGUCUUUGCUCUUCGUGGUUGGAAACAAGAUGGUGACCGUGUCUCCUAAAGGACCUGGCUGCACACAUCUGCUAACUUGUUCAGCGUGUAUGGAAGCCCCUCGCUUUAUGGGCUGUGGAUGGUGUGAUGGGGUCUGCGCAAAAAUAACGGAGUGCAAGGGCCAGUGGAGUAACAACACUUGCCCUCCAUUUAUCACCAAGGUUUUUCCAAAAACUGCACCACCUGAUGGUGAAACAGAGAUUACACUGUGUGGCUGGGAUUUACAAUCUCUCAUGAAACCUGCCAUCACUACAUCUACUCACCAAGUCAGCGUGGGACAGACAAGCUGCACCAUAAUACCAAAAAAGUGUAAAAGCACAGAGCUGGUAUGCAGGAUCCUUCCUCAGUCCUCAGAUGUGACGCAGGAUGUAGAGAUUAACGUGAAUGUGAAUGAAAAGAGAAUGGAGCAUGGUUUCUCCAUCUCUGGACAGGCACGCCUGCAAGGCUUUAGCUUUGUGACGCCAGUUGUCACAGAUAUCAGUCCCAACUAUGGCCCCAAGAUUGGUGGUACCAGGAUUACACUGUCAGGGAAAUACCUGGAUGCUGGACAAACAAGAACAGUCCAUAUGGGAGACAAAAUCUGCCGUGUUGAAAGCACAUCCAAAAACGGGACCUGGUCCUCUGUAGUCUUUGUGUCUGAGGGAGUGGAGGAUCUGACACAAGUGAAUGUGACCCUUCUAAUUGACAAAUCAGUUAUAUUUCCAACCCAACAAUUCAACUACAGGAAGAAUCCUAGGGUGAAAGAGCUGAUGCCUAACUGCAGCUUUAGCAGUGGUUCCAAAAUCAUCAUAUUGGGGGAAAAUCUGGACAUCGCAUCCCAGACUACAAUUUAUUACACACCCGAGAACUCGAAUCCUGUCCAAAGUGUGUGCGUGGGUCCUGUGAGCCCAACACAGAUGGAGUGUGUGAGUCCAGCAUGUGAGGAAUCAGAUGGUGUCCUCUCAGUGGAUAUGGAUGGAGCGAAAAAUCUUAUUUCUCUGCCUUUUUCCUGCUACCACAAUGGCAAGCCAAUCCCCUUUGACGACAUGCUUCUACUCGGACCUGGGACGGACAGAGUAUCACUACAUCACGAGAGACUGAACUUGGUGAGCCAUUGCAUGGACAUCAUCAUGACAAUAAAUGGCGUGGACUGCAAUGCUCAUAUUUCGAAAAAUGAAAUGUUCUGCAAAAUCCCUAAAAAUAUUCUGAUCCCCAAAGAGGGGGCACCAGUCAGGGUGUCAGUGAAUGGGGAGGUAUAUGAUGUUGGCCUGGUGGCGUAUUCCAGCAGCAACCUCCCUGUUGGUAUCGUGUUGGGUAUUCUUGCAGCACUGGCAGUAGGGGCUGCUUUAGCAUUUGCAGUAAUGACCCAUCUGCGCAAGAGGAAGAAAGCUAUGCAGGCAGAGUUUCGGUUGUCAUCGAUGUAUUCCGUUCGCAAUGGGAACAUAUCACCUAUAGGAGACUACAGACGAGAUUUGCCCAUUGGUACCUCGCAUGGAUCGGGCAUGGCAUUCUCUGGGUUGGUGUAUACCAGUGGUGUAGACCCUGCCACACUUCCUCUGGUGUCACCUCAGACCAUCUCCCUGUCAGCCCUGCGACCUGAGCUGCUGGAAGAGGUAAAGGAUGUGCUGAUCCCUCCCGAGCAGCUCAAUAUCCAGCAGGACGACAUCAUUGGCAAAGGUCAUUUUGGAAUAGUUUAUCAUGGCUACCUUAAAGAUGGUGACAACCAUGAAAUUCACUGUGCAGUCAAGUCAUUAAACAGGAUUACAGAUAUGGAGGAGGUGGAGCUCUUCUUGAAAGAGGGCAUCCUGAUGAAAGCCUUUCACCACCCUCAUGUGCUCUCACUGCUCGGAAUCCUGUUACCUGCUGAUGGCCUUCCUCUUGUGGUCCUGCCAUACAUGAAACAUGGAGACCUCCGGCACUUUAUCCGCUCAAAAGAAAGGAAUCCCACAGUGAAGGAGCUGAUUGGUUUUGGGCUUCAGGUUGCUCAGGGAAUGGAAUAUUUAGCACAGAAGAAGUUUGUGCACAGAGACCUGGCAGCACGUAAUUGCAUGCUGGAUGAGACAUUUACAGUCAAGGUGGCUGACUUUGGCAUGGCACGGGAUAUCUUCGAUAAAGAGUAUUACAGCAUUCAAGACCACAAAAGAGCCAAACUACCUAUCAAAUGGAUGGCCAUUGAAAGUUUACAAACUCAAAAAUUUACCACCAAAUCUGAUGUAUGGUCAUUUGGUGUGUUAAUGUGGGAGAUGCUGACCAGAGGAGCAAGUCCGUAUCCUGAUGUUGACCCAUAUGAUAUGACACCAUAUCUGUUACAGGGACGGCGACUGCCGCAGCCCCAAUACUGCCUCGACUCGCUGUGGUGUAUCCUGUUGCAGUGCUGGAACCCGGAGCCUGAUUUCAGGCCAACUUUCUCCAUGCUGGUGAAUAAUUUGCAGGAAAUCCACUCUAUGCUGGAAGGAGAAUACUAUGUUAACCUGCAGGUGACUUACGUGAACUUGGAGCAGGGACGUCCCUACCCCUCUAUUGCUUUGGCCUCUCCUUCAGUACCUGAGAGCCAAAGUACUGAAACACUGCAUCAGUUAGAGAAUAGUGGAGAAACCUAACCUUCAGCCAGCAUCACUGAGGGAUUCACUUAAAGACACUUGUGGAAUGUUUGCCAUUUGGACAGAGUUUGGGGUACUAAAGAAUUCGGCAGUGUGUCGGUUUACAGCAUGGAGUUACUAUUGUGUCGAAUCCAGAUUAAUCCAUCAUGUUGGAUGAAAUGCCAUAGUCUUUUGAGUGGGCGUGGCUAGGUUCAGAGGACUUGUCACUCCAAAUUCUAACUGACCAUUAGACAUUUUUGGUGUCUUGCUUAUAGACAAUCACACAUGUACGUAAUGUGCCAAAAGUUUGAUUCAAAGAAGUAAAGGAAGGAUUCAAGAAGUUGAGAAGAAAAAAAUACUAACCAAAAAAAAGCAAAUUAGAGAAACAAGGGAGAUAAUGAUUUUCUUUUUGUUUUGUAAGUUUGAUUGUAUUCUUACUACUUGAAUGUUCAAGAUUUUGAAAGAUUUUGAUAUUGUUGCUUUUGAUCAUAUUUUAUUUGCUGUUGUGUAAUUUUUGACUGCAACUUCCAACAACUUCCACUUUUGUAACAAGAUUAACUCCGCCUUGCAGAUUACAGUAGCAUCACAUUGACUAUGAAAAUGAACUAUGGUACCACAUUUGUCCUCAGGUUUGCUCUAGUCAAUCUGGACUAGAUGUUUACUGUAUUCAGAAGACAAAGUAACCUUGUCCCUUGCUGCUUGUCCUGUUUUGUUGCAUUACAAGAUGGAAUUAAAAUGGAUUUUUGGAGGGUUAGCACCAUUUGAUUUACAUAACAUGCCGACCACUUUAAAGGUGCAAACUGUUGUUUUAUUGUGACACAAACAAUAAUUAAGAUGAAAAAAAAAAACAGAAAUCUGGAGUGUGCAUAGGUAUUCACACCCUUUCGUAUGAAACCCCGAAAUAAGAGCUGGUCCAAACAAUUAACUUCAUACGUCAUAUAAUUAGUUGAUUAAAAUCCACCUGUGUGCAGUCAAAGUGUCACAUGAUCUGUCACCAUGAUCUCUGUAUAACUCAACCUGUUCUGGAAGGACCCUGACUCUGCAACACUACUAAGCAAGAAAGAUGAAAACCAAGGAGCAAACUCCCCAAACACACGGAAGAAGAUUCUCUGGUCAAAUGAGACUAAAAUUGAUCUUUUUGGCCAUCAUGGGAAAUGCCAUAUGUGGUGCAACCCAACACCCUGAGAACACCAUUCCUACAGUGAAGCAUGGUGGUGGCAGCAUCAUGCUGUGGGGAUAUUUUUCAUCUGCAAGGACAGGAAAGCUGGUCAGGACUGAAGGAAAGAUGGAUGGCACUAAAUACAGGGCAAUUCUGGAGGAAAACCUGUUUGAGUUAGCCAGAGGUUUGAGACUGGGAUGAAGGUUCACAUUCCAGCAGGACAAUGCUAAAGCUACAAUGGAGCGGUUUAAAGGGAAACAUUUAAAUGUCUUGGAAUGACCUAGUCAAAGCCCAGACCUCAAUCCAGUUGAGAAUCUGUGUCAUAACUUGAAGAUUGCUGUACACCAACGCAACCCAUCUAACUUGAAGGAGUUGGAGCAGUUUUGCCUUGAGGAAUGGGCAAAAUCCCAGUGGCUAGAAGUGCUAAGCUAAUAGAGACAUACCCCAAGAGACUUGUAGCUAUAAUUGCAGCAAAAGGUGGCUCUACAAAGGAUUGACUUUUGGGGGUAAAUACCGAUGCACACUCCAGAUUAAUGUUUUUUCGUCUUAAUUAUUGUUUGUGUCACAAUAAAACAACAAUUUUCACCUUUAAA